AAAAAAAAAGGAAAAAAUGUUGAAAAUGAUUAUUGGAAUUAACUAUUUUUAAAAGUUGAUUUGUAUUCUAUAUGAGAAUGAACAUUUAAUCUAAUAGCUAUUAGUUUAAUAGAACCACUUUUAGUGAAGAUAAUACAUCGCUUAAUGUUUGCGAUAACAAGAUAUAGUAUUUUUCGUACACUCACAAAACUCUAAGUACUCAUUUCUUCCCGACAUUUGUUCGAAGAUAUUUAAUAUUUAAUCGACAUAUUUGGUACCAGUGGAAAGCUUAUAAGGUAAGGAAAAUAAAUUUACUAAAAUUUAUAUUUUUAUUUACCUAGAACAUAUUAUUUUAAUUAGUUAAAUUAUAUUUAAAAUACGUUUUUAUUGUACAUAAAAAUCUAAAAUAGUCGUAGUUUUUAAAAAAAGUAGCGUGAAGUAGUGUGAGAGCGUAGGUUAAGUAUAAUUCUAUAAUUUGUCCUAAAUAAGAUUUCAUAAUUUCCAGCUGCCCGUAUUUGCCCAAUUUUUUAUAAAUAAUUUUUGUUUAGAAUUUGUUGAAUGAAAUGGAGUCAAAAUUAACACACCGAGAUUUAUACUUCAAAAUAUUAGAUUUAAAAUCUAACAAAAAUUAUAAAGUUGAGGCCCUCUAUGAUUUUGUUCUAUGUAAAGUGGAUUAUGUGAAAGAGCAAUCUGAAAAUUAUCAAAGUGAUUUGAAAAAAAAAUUGCAUAUUUUUAUGAACGAAUUUGAUAAACGAUGGCAGAAAUGCAAUAGAACGAAAAAUCGGUUUGACACAAUUUUUGAAACGUGGCUAAACAAAAAAUUUAUUUUUUCUGAAGUUUCAAAAAGUUUACCAAUGUCCCACGUAGGACGACCAAAGGUGCUUUUUUCUAAAGCGUGUGACAAGACAAAAAGGCAUAAAACCCAGACAUUGCGUACGUCGAACUCAACAGAAGAACUUGUUUAUGCGGCACAGUUAAGUUUAAAAGAAACCGGAAAUGUCGAUGCUGCUAAAUUAUUAAAAGAAGCGACGUCUACUACUCCUACUCGUGCUUUGAACAUUCAAAGGGCGUAUACUGCAUUUCAAAAUGUUAAACCAGUUCAAAUGUGUUCUGAAGAAGAUGCAUUGGCAUUAAUUAUAGAUGCUAAACUCACCAAAUCACAGUACACAUUAAUACGAUUACAGGCAAAACAGAGAAAUGCAAAUAUAUAUCCUGCAUACAAUAAAAUACUCGAAGCGAAGUCCCAAUGUUAUCCCAAAAAAGACCAAGUAUUAAUUACAGAAAUAUCUGCGGAAGCAACUCUGCAAUCGUUAUUGAACCAUACUGUACAACGAAUAUUUCAGUCUAUUGAAAAUUUAUCAGCAUACGAAUUUAAAAAUAAUACAGUUGUUUUGCUUAGUAAGUGGGGAUUGGACGGGUCAUCAGGGCUGGCCCAAUAUAAACAAAAAUUUAAUGAUGUCCAGAGUGCGAGUGAUAGCAAUAUUUUUUUGACGUCUUUCGUUCCAAUUCAAAUUAUUAUGUAUUCAGGUGAAUCAAAAGAGGUAUUAAAAGAAUUUAUUUGGAAAAAUCCAAGAACAUCUUCAACCAAAUACUGCCGACCAAUUCAUAUACAAUUUCAAAAAGAAACGACCGAAUUGAUACAAAACGAAGUAUCAAAUAUAUCGAAUCAAAUUCAAAACUUGGUAUCUUCAAUAGUUAAUUUGGGAAAUGACGAUUUUGUAUCAGUAAAACAUGAGCUUGUGUUAACUAUGAUCGAUGGAAAAGUAUGUAAUGCUAUAUCAGAUAAUAAGUCGGCACAAAAAUGUUAUAUAUGUGGUGCAGGGCCAAAAGAUAUGAACAAUUUAAAUACGAUAAAACAACGUCCAAUUGAUCCAUCAACACUGUCAUUUAGUUUAUCAUCCUUGCAUGCUUGGAUAAGGUUUUUUGAAUGCCUCAUUCAUGUUGCGUAUCGAUUAGGUUUUAAAAAAUGGCAAGCACGGGGAGAUGACCAAGAAAUGUUAAAGAAAAAGAAAAAGGAAAUACAAACUAAGUUUAGACAAGAAUUGGGUCUGUUGAUUGAUCAACCUCGUCCUGGAGGAAGUGGCACGACUAAUGAUGGUAACACGGCCAGACGAUUUUUUUCUAAUCCAGACGUAUCAUCUUCUAUAACCGGUGUUGAUAAAAAUAUCAUAGUACGAUUCAAAGUUAUACUUGAAGUUAUAUCAUCAGGUGAAAAAAUUAAAGGAGUUGAAUUCAAUAAUUAUGCAUUUGAAACAGCUCAAUUAUUCAUUAGUAAAUAUCCAUGGUUUUAUCUACCAGCAUCCGUUCACAAAAUUUUGAUUCACGGAACACAAAUUGUUGAAAAUGCCAUAUUGCCAAUCGGUUUAUUAUCAGAAGAAGCACAGGAAGCUAGGAAUAAGGAUAUGAAGAGGUUUAGGGAAAAUAACACAAGAAAAAUAUCCAGAAAACAUACAAUGGAAGAUUUAUUUAAUAACUUGCUCAUUUCAUCAGAUCCACUUAUUUCGAGUAGAAGAAAAAUUAGCAAUAAAAAAUCAACCACAUUAUGCGAUGAAGCAAAACUGCUUGUAUGUAUUGUAGGAGAAAAUAAAGAGGAUUUUUACAUUAAUGAGGAAAAUAGUGAAGACGAAUUUAUGGAGUACGAAUAAUUAAAUUGAAAACAACUAGCAUAU